AUGUCCGGCGACAAACCAGAAAACAACGGCAAGAAUGAAGAUGCUGUUAACGACCACAACUCUCCAUACUACAUACACCCUUCUGAUUAUCCGAGGCAACUCCACGUUAACGACGUGCUCACAGAUAGAAACUAUACGGAUUGGUCUCAAGAGAUGUUGAACUUCUUGUUUGCAAAAAACAAGAUGGGAUUCAUCGAUGGGUCAAUCAAGAAACCCGAACCAAAUUCUUCGGCCUACAUGGCUUGGAUGAGGUGUGACGCCAUGCUAAAAGGCUGGCUAAACACCGCAAUGGAAAAGGAAAUCAGGACAAGUGUGAAAUACACAUGCACGGCACAAGAGAUCUGGGCAGAUUUGAAAGAGCGUUUUGGAAAAGGGAAUGCACCUAGAGCAUAUGAACUGAAACAGUUGCUGACCACCAUGAAACAAGAAGGUACCACCGUUUCCGCCUACUAUACCAAACUCCAAUCCAUCUGGGAUGAAAUCCAAUCUGCACUUCCAACCCCCGUAUGCGGUUGUAAUGGCUGCAAAUGUGAGAUUGGAAAGAAGCUACAUGAUCUUAGAGAAAAGGAAAGGUUAUAUGAGUUUCUACUUGGAUUGGAUUGUGAGUUCGGAACCAUACGAACCCAAAUACUAGCCAUGAAACCGACCCCGUCUCUUGGUACCGCAUACCAUCUAGUCGCAGAAGACGAACAACAAAGAGCUAUCACCAGUGGUAGGAGGUCAACCGUAGAUGCGGCCGCCUUUCAAGCUUUUAUACCGAAAAGAAAGGAUCAAAAUGUCUCUCAAAGCAAGGUUGGAAAGAAGGAUGGAAAGCGUACCGAGGUUGAACGUCUCGAGCACUGUGACUAUUGUGGAAAAGAUGGCCAUGUUCAAGAGGGUUGUUUCAAGAAGAUAGGAUACCCAAAAUGGUGCCCGGGUAAAGCAAAAUAA